AUGAGGUCGAUGCGCCCCCUGCCACACUUCCUUCUUCGUCGCGUCACCAUAUUUGGAGGAGAUGCGGGUUCUGCUCGCGCAUCUGCUCCUCCCGGAGUUGUCGCCUUCGGCAGGAGGGAGUGCCGGACCUCGCGCCAACUCGAGGACCGCCGCUCCGGCGGCCCGUUGUUUCUGGCCGCCGUCCGCCUCGUUGGCCCUCUUCGUGGCUUGCCCUCUGGUGCCCCAUCCAUUCGCUACCAGUCACGCACCAGCUUUAGGUUGCCGGCACCUAGGAGGGACCGGACAGCAAAAUCGGUGCUCAUCAAAGAUAGCGUUGAUGCCCCUUACGGCCUUACCCGACAACACAGUUCUGCGGAAGCUUCUUGGUCUCCGUUCCAUGGUGUUGCCAACGAGCAAGUGCUGAAGCACACAAAAUAUAAGGGUGUAGAUGAGGAGGCGAGGGCUGACGACAACCAUGGGAGGAGAAACAUUCAAGCCAUUGUAACAUGUUUCGCAGGGGAGCACGUCCAGCUGUCGUAUGAGAAGAAGGGCGCGCAGCUGAGGACCCAGGAUGCCAAUGGUGUGGAGCCGUUCGCCAUCGAGACGACCAGGGCUGCCACUAGGGACCUCCAGACCAAGCUCAACAUCUCUGCCGCCUUCGUCGAUGACGUGUCCUGA